AGACCAGUGUCGUCCUCCUACUUCGGACUUAAUCGGCGAUGCCCUCAAAUUUUGUAGCCGAGUUCCAUUUUCCACCAUAAGCAUAACACGCCAACACCUCCACUCUGAUUCAAACGAAAUGCAGUUGCUAUUUAUAAAUUAGUUGUGUUAAUAUGUCAUGCUUCUAUUGUUACUUCUUAAACCCUAAAUCUCUGCAAGUGAUGUUUUUUCCCCGUCUGGAAACGGCGAUUCAACGGUCCCAGCUUGCGUGCUCGUGAUUCGUGGACGAGUGGGCAGUGAAGAAGAAGAAUGGGUGGGUUGAAGGGACUCCUAAAGAAAGGGUUGGGAGAGAUGGGCUUCAUGGCCGACGGCGGAGUGAUCAACUGGUUCCCGGGACACAUGGCGGCCGCCACUCACGCUAUUCGCCAGCGCCUCAAGGUUGCUGACUUCGUCAUUGAAGUGCGAGACGCGCGCAUUCCUCUGUCCUCUGCUCACGCCGAUCUUCAACCUCAGCUCUCCGGGAAGCGCCGUGUCAUUGCACUUAAUAAAAAAGACUUGGCUAACCCCAAUAUUAUGCAUGUACGACCCUCGUAUUUUGCUUGCUUGAUGUCCAUUCAUCCCUUACCAAGAUGUCCUGCUCCUUACUCCAUUGAUGCAUCAAAAUGGAUACAUUAUUUCGACUCGUGCAAGCAAGAUUGUAUUCCUAUAAGCGCCCAUAGCAAGAGCUCUGUUAAGAAGCUUCUCGAUCUUGUCGAGUUCAAAUUGAAGGAAGUGAUCUUCAGGGAACCUACACUCCUUGUUAUGGUGAUUGGUGUUCCAAAUGUUGGGAAGUCAGCUUUGAUUAAUUCAAUUCAUCAAAUUGCAUUGUCUCGCUUUCCGGUGCAGGAGAAGAUGAAGAGAGCUACUGUGGGUCCACUGCCUGGUGUUACUCAAGAUAUUGCUGGAUACAAGAUAGCACACCACCCCAGCAUUUAUGUCUUAGAUACUCCCGGGGUGCUGGUUCCAAGCAUCCCAGACAUAGAAACAGGAUUAAAGCUGGCUCUUGCAGGAUCUGUGAAAGAUUCAGUGGUGGGUGAGGAGCGUAUUGCUCAAUACUUACUGGCAGUUUUAAAUACCCGAGGGACUCCAAUUCACUGGAAGCAUCUGAAUAAUAGGAGAAUGGAAGGGAUUCGGUAUGACUAUGAGGAAAAGCAUGAAUACAAUUUGAAAAGCCUUAAGCGAAAGGGGAUAAAUCCGCCAAAUAAAUCUGACGUGGUUUAUAUUGAGGAUCUUGUAAUGGAAGUUCAACGAGCACUGUACGUGACACUGACGGAAUUCAAAGGGAACAUAGAAGAUGAGGGCGACUUAGAGGAUCUGAUUGAGCAGCAAUUUAGUGCGUUGCAGAAGGCGUUGAAGAUACCUCACAAGGCUUCGGAAGCACGUUUAAUGGUAUCCAAGAAGUUCCUUACUCUAUUUAGGACCGGCAAACUUGGACCUUUCCUUCUUGAUGACGUUCCUCAUGCUUUGCUUAGUCCUUAUCCUUGACGAUAACAUCAUUGAUGCUUCCCCUCCGUGGGUUUUUUACAUUUGAAUAUUUCCUCCUUUCCUUCUCACCAAUUAGCCGUCUAAGAUCGUUACAUGAUUUGUAAUUAAAUCUAUAUUUGUAAUCGGUGCCUAUUUUGUGUAAGUAUAAGGUCUGGUAAAAUUAAAAAAAAAAAGUAAAAGAAAGGAUAAUACUUUGAUGGGUUCCUUUCAUUUCAUCUAAAGGUGAAUACAGUUAUAUUUUAAUA